AUGUACAAACCAACAACACCAGGAAUGUACUCAGUCAUUCUGGAGGCCUCAGAUCUCGCCAACAACUCUCUCUACACUCGGCGGCUCUUUCUAUACGACGACGCAUCCAACAUCAACGUCAGUGUCGACCAGCGACUGUUCAUAUCCAGUGCAGCAGCAGUAACCAACCACACGUGGCAGGCGAGUCUUGUCGAUGAUGUCGUAGUGGACUGGGCGGGGCACUUCACUAACCAGGUUCACUACAAAUCCAACCUUCUGAAUGCAGUGGCGGACUACCCCCCUCAGUUUACAGACAUCGAAAAUGAAGUAGGUUCUUCCUCUACCUUUACGGUCAAGAGGAUAACGUUCGAUGACGACGAUGGGGCGAGGACUCGAGAUGCAAUCCCGAAUGUCCGAGGUAUAGUGAAGUUUGAAGUCGCCUACAGUCGAGAUCGCGGUGGGGGGUCCACUAUACGUAUACCAGGAGCAUGGCAGCAGAUAGCACUUACUGAAACAUAUACGAUCCGAAAUGAAAGACGAACGGACGGUGAUACUAUCCGCGUUUGGGUACGUGCGACGGACAUUAUGAAUAACACGAGGAGAGACAGCACUGUAGUCCGCUUUGAUGAAUCAAAGCCAAAGGUUCAGCUGAAACAGCUGACGAAAAAUGUGCAGAAUGGGACUUACGAUUACUCUUCUCUAGCCCCUAUAACGGCCUUUGACGAACACAGCGGAAUACGGGAGGUUACCUGGCGACUUGUGCGUAACAGCACAGGGAAAGUGACGCGCUCAGGGACGUUGAGUCGGACACAUUACCAGCUGACUAAAGCCGAGUGUGACGUCAACGCGGCAGAGUGCCGCUGCACGCCAACCGAUGACUGCUUCCGAAGCACUUUCAGCCUCCCCAUCAACCACUGCUGGUUACAGGUGGAGAAGGAGAGUCUCGCUACAGAAGUUAUAACCCUGGAUGUCACGGUGACCAACGCGGCCAUGUUGACCAACACACGCUCUCUCCAGAUACAGAAUAUCAACAGUUUCAGUGGCAUAGGUGAAUACCCUCCUCCACGCGACGUUAAGGUUAUCCGGAGUGUCUUCAACACAGUCCGCAUCUCCUGGGUCACAGCCCCCAGCUGCUACAACGUCAGCGAGCUCUGGAUCACCUACACAGGGGCCGCCACCAAGGAGAAGAUCCAUCGUCUCAGCACCUUCUAUGACCUGACUGGCCUAACACCGGAAUCUAACUACACAGCCCAUCUUAUUACGGGCUACAGCGGGGAGAUGAGCGACCCCAUCGAGUUCCGCUUCAGAACAGGACAGACCCCAACGUUCACAGGCCUCGGUGCUGGAGGGAUAGCCGGCGUGGCGAUCAGUGUUAUCCUGCUGGUGGUGAUCGCGGUCGCCGCGUUCCUUCUGUGGCAUCUUGGCAUCAUUGCUGUCAUGCGGGGCAAGAAGGAAGCCAAACCUCGAACCGAAGCGGCUAACGCUUUCGCUCGCAUGUCCAGAAAGGUGCGAGGCACGGCUGUCGAUGACGACAUUUACGUGUACAGUGGCAACGACUACGACAUCCCAAUAGGAAAGCAGCUGUCUGCAGCGAGACUAGCACUCGACACUCUCAUAACCGAAGGGAAGUUCGCUAAGAUCUACAAGGCAACCCUCUCACGAGCUGGCGGUAACGCCGAGACUGUCGUCGCCAAGAUGCUGAAAGAGAACUAUGACGAUGAAGACCGCCAGCUGAUGAAAGGCAAGAUCCUCUUUUACCUGAAUGAGGUGGGAGAACACCGCAAUAUCCUCAGAAUGAUCGGCGCUGUCGUAGACAAUGAUGUUUGGGGUCCGGUGAUGGUGUUGGAGUACUGUGAGAUGGGGCCAAUGAGACCCUGGCUGGUCCAGCAGAAGGGGUCAGUGAGUGAUGACGUUCUGGAACGGAUGUUCCAGAUGGCACAUGGAGUUGUUCAAGGAAUGGCCUACCUGGCUCGAGUUGGGAUCGUACAUCGGCGCCUGGCGGCGAGGAACAUCCUCCUCAACCUUCCUGCUGCAAGUACGAAUUACCGGAUUUGGUCCCACCAUCAUGACCGAGGAUGGAGAUGACGAGGUCUGGUGGACUCCAACA